UUUGGCCGUUAUAUGCAUUUUAUAGUAAAUUACGAAACUUGUUUAUUUUUACUAGCUUAAAAAAAUAUAUAAUAUUAUUGUCAGUCGUGAUGAAACGUAAAUUAUAUUACAUCCAUCAGUUUUAUUGUGAAGGUUUUAGGCGGAAGUUCGGUGUUGAGCUGAAAUACACAAGUUAGAAAUGUAUAUAGGUUGGCGAAUAGCAAAUACAUACCUCUUCUAUUAAAGGGGGAUUAUUACGAAUGGCGUGCGAGGACAGCCCAUCCAGGAGCUGAUGGAGAUGAGCUGCAGGAACAUAUCGAGUGAUGAAGCAGGCGGGCCCACGCAUCCAGGGACUUUCCCAACCAGUCAGUCCGGGAACAGCGGCCUCGUGCCGGCCAAAGGCGAUGUUGACUUCCCGGUGUGUGUGGUUCUUCCUGCCGGUGGCAGCGGAGAGAGGACCGGGUUGCAAACGCCCAAACAGUUUUGCCUGUUACUGAGCCGACCGCUUAUAAGCUACACAAUUCAGACUUUUGAGAGGGUGUCAUGGAUCCAGAGCAUCGUGGUGGUCGUUGCCAAAGAAAACAUGGACCUAAUGGUGGACAUCAUUCAGCGUUUUCACCACACCAAGGUUCAAGUUGUGCCAGGCGGCUCCACACGUCACAGGUCCAUACGCAACGGUGUACUGGCUCUGGGUGAGCAAGAGGAGGGGUCGACGGCAGGAAGGCCAAAGGUUGUAAUCAUUCACGAUUCCGUGCGGCCUUUUGUGGAGGAGGACUUCCUGUACAAGAUCACCAUGGCUGCCCGGGAACACGGAGCGGCUGGGGCCAUCCGACCUCUUGUUUCCACGGUGAUCGCCACAACAUCAGAGGGCUACCUGGACCACUCCCUGGAGCGAGCCAAGUACAGAGCCAGCGAGAUGCCUCAGGGCUUCACGUAUGACGUCAUCCAUCGAGCCUAUCAGAGGUGCACCGAGGCCGACUUUGACUUUGGUACAGAAUGUCUGCAUCUGGCUCUGCAGUACUGCGCCACCAAAGCUAAGCUCAUCGAGGGUCCGCCAACACUGUGGAAGGUUACGUACAAACGGGACUUGGCUGCCGCAGAGUCCAUCAUCAAAGACACGGUGUCGCGGCGGCUCUGCAUGAUCGCAGGUGGAUGUGGCCAUGCCAGGAUGCUGGCCGACGCCCUCCGCAAGAACUUCGGUGCCUCGGAAACGGAGCUGGACGUCAUCCCAGAUGUGACAGGAGACAACGUCAGGUAUCUGUCCAAGGGUUGGAACUUCAUCCACUUUUCUAUUCAUGGCUCCGACCUGGCUGGAGUGGAGUCCACGUUAGAGGCCUUGGAGGCAGCCGAUCAAACUCUUCUCUACCCCGUGGUCGUCAUUUGGGUACUUUUGAGCACGUCGGAGCCGGCAGCCAUCAUGGAGUUGGCCUCUGCAGCCAAACGGCUGAACAUUCUGCUGUACGCCAUCCAUCUGCAGCAGUCAAAGGAUGCCAAGCGCUGGGAGAGGUCUGUGUCAAAGGUCGCCGAGAUAAUAUCCACCUUGAUCCGUGAGAGGAGCCCCUCGCUUGCUGGACAGCUUCUGCAGGCCUGACGCCACAAAAAUGGCCAACUUCCAUCAUGAACACGCGUUUGCAUACGCCAUUGCCGGUGCGUUUGAUUUUUUUUUUUUUUUUUUUUUUUGCACCAAAUUCCUGAAAUGAAAAAGCACUCCGAGCCAGCAGCUGUCACUUCUCAGUCUGCUCCACAUCUUGGCUAAGAACUGGACUUUGGACUGUCCCUUACGUGCCCUUCAGUAGCUGUUUUUCCUGGGGGUUUUCAGUGCUCAUAAAAGAGAAAGUUAAGCUUGCUUUUUUUUUGUGUGAUAAUAAACCAGGGGUGGGCAAACUACGGCCCGGGGGCCACAUCCGGCCCGCCAAGUGUUUGAAUAUGGCCCGCCCAAUCUUUCCAAAGUAUUUCAUUUAAACUCAACAUACAACCUGGCAUCAUGGCCUGAGCCAACCUUUUGAUGGUUGUAUCAAUUUCGUUUUUUGACAUGGUCUGUUGUUUACAAAGUGCUCCUGAAAAAAGGGACA